AUGACCAUGGUAAGGAACAAGUUGGUAAGACCAACAUUGGUGUAUUUUGAUUUGCUUUAUAAGAAUGGGCCAAUGGUACUUGCCCAUAGAGGUGUAAAUUGGGCCGGACUGGAAUUGGCACGGGCACGGCCACGACACGGCAACAAGAUUUUUUUNACCCCAGAUGACCCAAACCCAGAGCUUGAAACUCUUGAACUUUCAGAGGAAACUAUCACCAACCCAUCAACUGGGUCGUCCAAGAAUGAUGAUCCAUGGCUCAAAAAUAAGACCAACAAGAAGAAAAACCAAGUCUUUCUUGAAGGGUAUGUUGAGACAGCAGAUGAAGAUGAGCUGGGGAGGACAAAGAGCUUGACCGAUGAGGAUUUGGAGGAGCUUAGGGGCUGUUUGGACCUGGGUUUUGGGUUCAGCUAUGAUGAAAUUCCUGAGCUCUGCAAUACUUUGCCUGCUCUUGAGCUUUGUUAUUCCAUGAGCCAGAAGUUUCUUGACGAGCAUCAAAAGUCUCCAGAGACUUUGUCCGAUACAGCUUCGUCGACCUCAAGUCCUAUUGCCAAUUGGAAGAUCUCUAGUCCCGGUGAGUCUUUUGUGAAUUUUCUGCAAUAUGAUACAUUUAUUGCGCAAAUUGCAAGUUUUUUGUUCAUUGGAAGACAGUCAUUUUUCUUGGAAAUUCUUGGUUUUAGGUUUUCAAGGCUGCACACAAGCAAGAUGAAUGGAGAAGGGAAUUCAAACAUGCCACGGAAAGAUGGUGAGAAGCUUGUUUGUGUUUGGUUAGAGUUUGAACAGGGGAAGUAA